CUCUACAAGAACCAGGCUUCAUAUUGGGGAAGGACUAUCAUACAUAAGCUUUACAAAGCAAAAGAGUUCCAGAUUCCAACUCUUUCCAGUUAAAAUUGUCCAGUAUUAAUGAUGUGAAGAUGCCUUCUUAGAUGUAAUCACUGCUUGGUUUACCAAAUUGAGUUGAUCAAUGCAUCUACUUGUUAUAAAGUAUCUUCCUAUGUAUGAGUCUAAGAGGUGGAAUUAAUUGAAUGUAGACUUGCCAUUUUUUGUACAUCACCAGCCUUUUCUUUGAGUAAUUGAAUUGAAAUUUAGCUGCAGGGAGGAGACGAUCUUCACUGAUUGACCAUAUUUUCAGAUUCAUUCUGUUGUAAAAGGUCCACCAGUCUUAUUUUAUUUUAUGUCUUAUAUUUGGUUGUCUUAAUUUGCACAGUAAUAUUUUUCAGAAGUUUUUUUGCUGUGGUGAAAAGUUAUCAGUCAUAUAAUUUAAUUGUAUAAAAUGCUAAGUUUAACUUUUUAAAUAUCCUACCUAAAUGAAUUUCUGAAACAAUGUAACAUUCAUUAGAGUGAACACUAUAUUUUGCAUCUCAAUAUGCUAGGCUGCUGUCACAUGUAAUUUUAUGCAAGUUUCAUUUAAAAUUCAGGCUUAAUUAUUAUUUCUCUGUAACAUCUCCCAUAUCCGAAGAAAUAACUGAAUCAAGUAUUGAGAAUUAAGAGCUAUUUCAACAAGAAAGAAAAGUAAGUUCCAGCUGUAUAUCCUUCAAUUUGCAUAUGGAAGUAAUUUACUCCAUGCAACUAAUUUAAAUCAAAUUAAGAAACAGCAAAAACAAUUGUUACACUUAUAGGAAGUACCAUUGGAAUCACUAAAGGCUGGACAAAAAGGCAUUAUUUAUUUCUCUACCUAGCUGGAAGGCAUGUGUUCAAAAUCCUUCCUAUUCUAAGAAGGAAGCUCCUUCCUUAUAUUCAUGGAUAUUGAGUUAAGUUCGGAGGACAAGAUAUUCCUCGUUUAGUGAUCACAAUUGGGAUUGGAACUUUAGUUGCUAAAUGAAGUGGGAGCUAAGUGAAACUGCAUUUGUGCUUAUGAACUUACUUCAGCUUUACAGAUCUGCAAAAGAUAAACAUGAGUGAUCGCAAAAUACUUUUUCAUUAGUUUGUAACCGAAUAGUUGCUAAAAGAGGCAGUUGCUCAAUGAGGAUUACCAUUGUUUAAUAUUAAUGUAUAAAAUUACCAGCAAAAAAGCAUCAGAAAAAUGGAAGAACAAUAUAUAAAAAUAAUAAAACAGAAAGAUUGAAUAAUGUGGAUUUUUAAUGUCUGCACUGAUGAAUUCUCUCUCCUUCUGCAGGAACAGACUGAUAGGUCUAUCAUUGAAUGAUCAGAAUGGUUUAUCCUGAGGUUAAUCAGUUCCGAACACAAGAUGUCAGAAACCCAUUCAAUUCUAUCUAAUAUUUUUAAAAGAGGUAGACUGACCUCUCCUGGAAAUAGUGCAAGAUACUGCAGUUUUAAAGAUUCGUGCUCUCCUUCCAUAUUUCAUGACAGUGGAUACAAUGAAUCAAUCAAGGACCCAAGUUUUUAUUACACUGAUGCAGAAUGCAAAGAUCAACAUAAUGAAACAGAAUAUUCUAAAUAUUUGCAUUCUAGUAGCUUGUGCACUUCCGUUUUGUCUCCCAUUAAACACAAUGCUAUUUUAUCAGAAGGAAAGGAUGCUAAUAUACCUAGAGACUAUUGUGAAACACCCAAAGUUGCGAAAAAAGACUCAACACUCCGCAGAAGGUUACUUGUGUCAAAAGCAGCAUCUGUUGGUACAUUGGGAUGUUCUGAAAAGCAACUAUCAUCUUCAGCGAAUAAUACGAAAAAAACAUGCUUAUCUCAUUUCCUUAGCUUCGAUGAAAGGAUAUCAAAGCAUGCUUUGGAUUCUCCAAAAGAGAAAAGCUAUAAACCUUUGGCUACCAGUACGCUAAAAAUUGAAGAAUCUAAUUCUGAUUGUCAAAAAUUGAGAUUUAUGUUCUCCCAGCAAAGGACUUCUACAAUAGAUGAUUCAAAACCUAAAGGCAGCUUGUCAGAACCAGGUGGUUUAUCACCAAUCCAGUCCAAAUCUUUUACAAUCACUCCUAAUGUUUUAACUGAUAGUACGCAUCUAUAUUUUAGUAAUCAAAGUUCGGGGUUAAUCAGAACUUCUCAAUCUUCAUUAUCUACUGUAAGUGAUGACAAAUUUAUCACACCCAUCAACAAUCUUGUUGAAAGAUUUAAUCUUAAUACAUCUGACACAAAUACACCCUCUGUUAAAGAAAUAAGUGACUUGAGCUUGCUAACUCCUGAUACCAGUAGCUAUAAUUCACUUGGGUCUGAUAAAUCAGAAGAUUCCUUUUCAGAUCAUGAAGGAUCCUUCCAAGAAUUACUUCAAAAUCGUAAUCAAUCUUCCAGCAAUCUAAAUUCUAAAAGAAAAGUAAAAAAACUACAGCGCUCAAGAAGAUUAUCCACUCUUUCAGAACGUGGGUCACAAUCAGAAAAAGAGGAAGAUUACCAUUCCAGUGCUAAUUCAAAACCCAAACAAAAAGAUGAUUUUAUCAAUGAAGACAAUGAAUUAGUUUUUAAAGAAGAUGAAAGUAAAUACGUGGCUCCAAAUUUUGGAAAUCUCUCAAAAACCCCGGCUUUGCAAGUCAUUCAUGAGAUCUUUAUGCAAACCAGAAAUAAAAGAACAGACAAAAAAGAUCUACUGAAGAAACUUGAUGGUGAUAAUUUAUCUGUGUUAAAAUAUAUUGUUGCUCAACUAAUUGGCAAGAAAAUGGGAAUAGAAAAAUUAGAUAUCUUAACAGAAUUAAAAGACAGAGACUUAAAACAUAUUCUUGCUACAAUUUUAGACAUCUUGACUGUAGAAAGCUUAUGCAGUAUGUGGAAAGUAAGCAAAAACUGGCGAGAAAUUGUUGUACAUGAUAAGCAUGCAAAUCGGAGGCGGAAGUUGUAUAUAAAACAGCUAAGAGCAGAUGCUAAGGGAUGCCUAUUGGACACAGAAAAUGCUGCUAGUAAAUUUAUGGUGACUAGAUUUGCACUACGACCAAUCCAGGCUCAAGCAAAAUCUGUGGUAUUACAAAUGCACUCAUCUUUGACACCAAUACAGCAUUGCCCUAAUCUUCAACUAAGGAGCAAGCCAGAAGCAUAUAUAAAGGUUGCGCAAACUCUUUUCAGUGAUGAAGCUUUAAAACCCUGUCCAAGAUGUCGGUGUCCUGCUAAAUAUCAGUCCUUAAAAAAACGUGGAGUCUGUAGCCGGGAAGAUUGUGCUUUUGAUUUUUGUGUUUUAUGUCUAUGUGCCUUCCAUGGGUCUAGAGAUUGUAGCAGUUUAUCUUCUAUGCGACAAAGUAAAAAAAAUGCUCCUCCAGGAAGUGCAGAAAGCAAGAGAAAUUUAAAACGACUCUAA